AUGGUAUAAUCCAUAGAUAGCAGAUAAGGCAUAAGGGAAGAAGAGGUUUUCGUUUGGUUAAGCAAGAUGGAUUUGGAAGCAGAGAAAGAGCAUGAAGCUGCAUUUGCAGUGGCCUCACUCUCCCUCUCUCUCCCCACCAUUUUCCCCUUCGUCCAACCCAAGAAUAUCCCAUCAACCACCCUUCAACCAACCAAGCUCAAAGUCCCAACCCAAGCCUCAUCCCUCACACACCUUUCUCUCUCCACCACCACUCCUCCUCCUUCCAAAACCUCCUUCAAAUCCACCGUCUCCGCCAACCCCCUCCACGCCCCUCUCUCCCUCGCUCCCCACCGCCCCCGCGACCCUUCCAACGCCGCCGCCCUCCGCCGCGCCGCCGUCGUCUGGUUCCGCAACGACCUCCGCCUCCUCGACAAUGAGUGCCUCACCGCCGCCAACAACGACUCCCUCUCCGUCCUCCCCGUCUACUGCUUCGACCCCUCCGACUACGGCAAGUCGGCAUCCGGCUUCGACAAGACCGGCCCCUACCGCGCCGCCUUCCUCAUCGACUCCGUCUCCGACCUCCGCCGCAGCCUCCAGGCGCGCGGCUCCGAUCUCGUCGUGCGCGUCGGGAAGCCCGAGACGGUGCUGGUGGAGCUCGCCAAGGCCGUCGGUGCCGAUGCCGUGUACGCCCACCGCGAGGUCUCGCACGACGAGGCGAAGGCGGAGGAGAAGGUGGAGGCGGCGAUGAAGGAGGAGAAUGUGGAGGUGAAGUACUUCUGGGGAAGCACGUUGUAUCACGUGGACGAUUUGCCUUUUCAAUUGGAGGACAUGCCUUCCAAUUACGGAGGGUUUAGGGAUAGGGUUCAGAAAUUGGAGGUAAGGAAGACAAUUGAAGCUUUAGAUCAUCUUAAGGGAAUGCCUUCUCGCGGUGAUUUUGAGCUUGGGGAGAUUCCUUCCUUAAUGGACCUUGGCCUUAAUCCAUCUGCAACAAUGUCACAGGAUGGGAAGUUUGGUGCCAAUGCUUCUAUGAUAGGAGGGGAGACUGAGGCACUGCAGAGGCUCAAAAAAUUUGCAGCUGAGUGUGCAGCUCAGCCAAACAAGGGGUUUAAGGAUGGGACACAGAGUAUAUAUGGUGCCAACUUCUCCUGCAAGAUUUCUCCGUGGUUGGCAAUGGGAUGCCUCUCCCCUCGCACGAUGUAUGAAGAACUAAAGAAGACUACCAGCAGAGCCAUUUCUGCUUCGGCGGACAAGAACGAUGGUGGUAAUGGCUCGUCCAGAAACGGUAUAAAUUGGUUGAUGUUUGAGUUGCUAUGGAGGGACUUCUUUAGGUUUAUAACAAAAAAAUACAGUUCUGCAAAGAAACAGCUGGAAGCUGCUCCGGUCACUGCAUGUGCUGGAGCAUAUGCUUAAGCUGGAAGUUCUAGUGGGCAUUAAAGAGUUUGUUUCAGGGUGUGGGUUGGUUCCCUACGCAGACAUGGCAGUAGGGUGCUGGAUGAACAAGAUUUGGUUCCCCUUCUGAAGUUCUGUUGUAACUGACAGAUACAUUAUAUUUCAAUAUGGAAGCUUUACAUUAUUUUCUCGAAGGCAAGUGUUGGUAUUCUUAGAGUAACAUUUCGUCUGCAUCGGGCAUCUUUUGAGUAGAUCUUUGAGUCCAAAAUUCAUGUCUUUGUCUCUCCCCCAGUAACUCGAUAUUGUGGGUGAAAUUUGAAAAUUAAAAAUGGAUGUAAUUACUACGGCAUCUAUAUUUUUAAUAAUACCAGGAUGAAUUCUCUGGGUUUUUUCA